AUGUUCGACUCAACAACCGCAUCGACAGCGACUGCCACCACAACGAGUGCACUGUCUCUCCAUCGUCUAAGUCGUCAGAGUCUGCAACAUCGUUACGAAUCAGAUGAGGAAGAAAUGUCGGAGUCGGAUACCGGCGCCAAUGACUUCACGCCCUCCCUGACGAGUUCCCCUCAGCGAGCAAAUCACUUUGACUACUCCGACAUGAGUGCCGACGAGGCCUCGCCGGAAGAGUUGGAUCUCCCGCAGAAAGAGUUGCUGGUUUUUCUUCCACCUGACCGAGACGUCAAGCGCCAGCGUCCCGUCUCCCUCGACACGGUGAAACGGAAUAGUGUCGCCAGUUAUGCCGAAACCGCCUACAUCUUUGAUCCCGAAGAGCCCGUGGUGCUUGGAUUACCCGCGUCCGAUGGAUCGGAUGAUCUUCUUGAUGCCAGUCUUUACUUGCGACCCACCGUUUAUCAGGCCCCCGAUGUUUCCUCGUGUGUCACCAAGGUGAGAUCUCGGUCGGCCUCCCCGGCCUCUAUCUUUUCCAUAGAUCAGGCCGAGAUCCAGACGGCCAAGAAGAUCACCCUCACCGAGCCUACCGUUCGCCCCGCGUUGGUCUUCAUCAACUCGCUGGCGCCGCGGAUGAAGAAUGCUCGAUCGCGCACUCGGAAGACCUCUCGCGACCGGGAAUCACGGAUCCUCGAUGGGAGGCUCAUGGACAACAGCCGAGAUGUCUACCGAUCCAACGAAAUCCAGGCGAUUCCGGUCUCUCCUAUCACAGAGAGCGUGGAACCUGCAUCGCCGAGGGAUCUAUCUUCGCAAACCAUGUCAGACUUUUCCACUUUCGAACAGGCUCGUAACGACAAUGACUCGACUCCCCCUCCCUCCCAAAGUGCGACGAUCCAUUCCGUCUCGGAGAUUCCAACGAUCCCCAUCUUACCUCACUCACCACACCUACGAUCUCAAUCGAUGCACCGCUUACGACCCAAAACGGCGAGCAAUGACGCAUCUCCUCCUGCCAUGCCUUCUCCACGAUCUCGUCGCCCUACAGAUGCGGGACUUCGACCCCCCUCGAUCCGCAGCAACAGCAACAGCAACAGCAACAGCAAUAGCAAUAGCAAUAGUAGCGUCCCUUCCUUCAGCUCUCGUCCCACCUCGCCUUUCUUUGCAGACUUGAACUACAUUCCCGACCACUCCUUCAGCGAAACUGGAUCUGUUCUCUCCCGUACCUGCAGCCCUCUCUCUUGCGCCUCUUCUCCACCACCGCCUCCCUUCUAUCAAUUGCCCACCCAGCCCUCGAAACGUGGCCACGCCAGUUCCAAGAGCAGUGUCUCCAGCCUCUUUUCCCAACGGUCCCCUAUGCUCCAGCGAAUGACCACUCGCAAACAUUCCACCACGUCCAGUAUCUAUUCGACCAGCAGUCUUCGUUCCGAGGUGGACCUCUUCCGAGCCACGGGUAGCACCGGUUCGACGUCGGUGACGGCCACGCCAUCGAUCCCUUCUUCCCACACACAAGCUUGUCUAACGUCCACGAAGGAUGUCGACGCCGCUGUCGCUGUGCGGAGCAAACCUUCCGAGAAAUCGAACAGGCCCCGCCACGAGCGACACAAUAGUGUUGCGGUCACUGGCCGCACAUUUAUGGGCUUGAAGCUGGGCAAGAGAUCUUUUACCAAGUCUUGA